AGACCUGUUCCCUCCUCGGGUUACAGAAGAGAUGAAAGCAAGACAGAUGGUCCCAACUGGGAGAAACAGAGGGUCCCAUUCACUCACCUCUGCCCUGUCCCUACAGCUGGCUGCUGGGAGCUGGUGAACACUUGGUGCAGCCUGGUGAUACUCACUGCCCACUUGAGGCAGAGGGGGCAGGUGCCCCCAGAUGCGACCAUUGCCCUCCUGGCUGAGGAUGGGCACCUGGUGAGCCUGGAUGAAGGGGCUUCCCAGGCCCCUUCCAUGGGCAGCCCCCUGCUGCAGGAGCGUGGGACCUAUGUCCUUGUGCAGAUCAUCAAGGGGGAUGAUGGGGCCCCCACCCGCUAUGAGUCCCUACUGGAGAACCUGGAUGACCAGUGUCCAGAGCUGGCAGAGGAGCUUCGCUGCCUGUCAGGCCUACAACCCACAAGUGAUGGCCGGAGGAGGCGCACGAGCACUCGGCGUGACCACCAGGAGCAAGGCCCCCUUUCAAAGCCACGAAGGAAGGGCUCCCUGCCAUCCAGGACCCAUUAGCUGGGGCCAGGAGCCAGGUAAGGAGGAGACACAGACACCUGGAGGAAUGCUCACACCCAGAAGUCCCAGCGAACAGACUUAUGUGUGCUGAGAGGUAGACUCCAAACCCCCCUCCCCCAGAAAACCCCACACGCAGAAGUACAUACAAGCUAGAACACAGUGCACCAAGAGACAUUCCCACCACUCCACUGGAAUAUAAACGCCCAAGGGCAGGAACAUCCUCAGUGCCCCCAGAGAUAUCGAAUAGGGCCUGGCACACAGUAGGUGCUCAUCACAGAGCUGGUGAACUCAAGGAAGGCAGUAGCACAGAGCACAUGAUAGUGAGGUCUGCCCUGGGAUCUAAGGGCCUGCUUCUCUGUUUCAGCAGUCCCUGUGACCUGGCACAUCACAGCCAAGUGGCUGAGCUGGACUCAGAUCCAAGGGGGUUGGCCAUGACCUCUGCCAUGUGUGAUCAGGCCCAAACAGAUAGCAGCCCAGUGGCAUUCUUCUUGCAGAAUCUGGAAUUACUGAGAAGCUGCCAUCAGCAAGAGGGGCAAGGUCACAGACUGGACGUGAGGCCACCAAGGGGGGGCCCCUAAGAUGUGGGUGCAGAGAAGGGGAUCCAAAGGUGUGGGGGCAAGCAACCCUGACAGGGGGAGACAACAGGCUUAUCCAGGGAUUCCAGCACCUAGAGUCAGGUGCCCUUGGGGUCCCUGCUAACGACUCAUCCCUAUUUGGAUUGUCAAGGUCAUCAAAUUACAACAGGGCUCCUCCCCCUCCCGCACCCAGGAUGCUGGCUGGCAUGAAGUGAAACAUUCCACCCCUCAGUUGGACAUCCAUCCAUGCCCCCUGACCCCACCCCAGCAGAUAAACUAAAUGAGAGGGCACACAGCAGGCUAUGG